AUGGCCCAAGACGGCGAACAGCCGGCCGUGGCAGUCUCCGAGGACCAGACGACGGAGACGACACAGACAGCGCCGCGACAUGACUUGCCGACAACACCUCACCAACCCCAGACACACAUCACCCUCCCCGACGGCACCACCGCUGCACCAGGCGUCACACCCGCCGGCAGUGACAAGGGUGACGGGGAGGACCAGCUUGCCGACAGCGUCACGUCGACCGCUGCCAGUCCUGGACUGCGCAACAGCAAGGGCUGGGACGGAAAGCUGCGAAUGCCCAAGAAGGACGCGUCGCCCACGCCGGCCACGGGGACUACAGGGAUUGCAGAGACUACAGAGACUACAGGAGCCACGGCAACCGGGGACCCGUCGGGCCACCACAAUGUGGCUCUGGCCAACCCCGAAGCCCUGUCUGAUCCCGAGUACUCGGACGACGAGAACGUCGUGCCUGGCGAGGAAAUUGCCGCCGACGAAGAUUUGCUAAACGACGAAGACCCAGACACGGACGAAAUCUUGGCCACGCACGCCCGCAUUCACGACAUCGACGCCCUGCGGCUGGAGCGCUUCAAGAAGGUGGUGCGCCUGUGCCUGCGCCAAAAUAGCAUCCAGUCUCUGUCGUCGGGGCUCGCGCCCGUGGCCGACACGCUGCAGGAGCUGGACGUGUACGACAACCUCGUGUCGCACAUGCGCGGCGUCGAGAAGCUGCCCAACCUGACGAGCCUCGACCUCAGCUUCAACAAGAUCAAGCACAUCAAGCACCUGGCCCCCUUGACCAAGCUGGUCGACUUGUACCUGGUCGCCAACAAGGUGUCCUCGCUCGACGGGCUCGCGGACCUCCCGGCCGCGGCGACGCUGCGCAUGCUGGAGCUGGGCUCGAACCGGCUCCGCUCGAUCGCCCCGCUCGCCGGGUUCGGGUUUGUCGCCCUCGAAGAGCUGUGGCUGGCCAAGAACAAGAUUACGUCGCUCGAGGGCCUGCGGAACCUGCCCAAGCUGCGGCUGCUGAGCGUGCAGUCGAACCGCAUCCGAGACCUGCGUCCGCUGCACGGUGUGCCGACGCUCGAGGAGCUGUACAUCUCGCACAAUGCCCUGGAAUCACUCGAAAGCCUGAGACGGCCGGCCGAGCCGUCAGACACAGAGGCAGAGGCGGGCGAGGCGGCCGCCGCCAACGGUGACACCACCGCCACCGCAGACUCGGACGCCUCUGGCGGCGCCGCGUCGGGCGGAGCCGUCCCGCGCCUCCGCGUCCUCGAUGUCAGCAACAACGCCCUCACCUCCUUCUCCGGCAUCGAACACCUCGCUGCCCUCGAAGAGGUCUGGGCCAGCUACAACCGCGUCGCCGACUUCGCCGACGUCGAGCGCUGCCUGCGGGACAAGAAGGACCUCGACACCGUCUACCUCGAAGGCAACCCGCUGCAGCUGCGCGCGCCGGCGCUGUACCGCAACAAAGUGCGCAUGGCCUUGCCGCAGGUGCAGCAGAUUGAUGCUACCUUUAUCCGAGAGAAAUGA